GAUUGGGUGGUGGGAGGGGAUCCACCCCAUCCCUCCCUGAUGGUGUUUUCCCUCCAGAAAAUUAUACACAUGAGCCAAACAAGGCCUAAGGCGGCGCCUGUGUGGGUUUCUUUUCCUCCAAAUCGCAGACACCGAAGAGCCCUGCCACCCGCACCUGCCUUUCCCACUCUCCCCCGAAAAUGUCUCAUCACGCUUUCGUUUGCAAAUCCAAAAGAAGGGGAGAAACUACCCACCGCCGAUCGCAUUGGCAACGCCCAUGGCGGCGGAGGCCUCUUCUUACGGUUCCAGGAGGAACUUGGCGCUGGGCAACGCGGAUGAUGUCGUCAAGGUGUCGGCGGCCGGUUGGGCGGGCUCUGUGCGCCGGAAGCGGAAGCGGAGCCAGGCACAGACUGUUGCUCAUGGAAUAAUUGACCUUGAUGCUGAUGAUGAUCCUGACGAAGUUAUGAGAAUUUGUGAGAAGGCAUCGAAUUACAGCAGCAAUCUUUCUGUCGGUCAUCCUUCAGAUUGGCCUAAGCAUCGAAAGAAUGGCUUGGCUGAGGAUGUUAAGACUGUGGAUAGUAAAAGCAAUGAGAAGUAUAAGACAUUUAAGCAGUUUGAUACUGUUACUGACCACAGUGAUCACUUUUACUCAAUGCUAGGCGAAGGAAACGAUGUAGUCACAAAGCCAUCCAAGGACUGGGUGAAGCGAAUUCAACAUGAAUGGAAAGUCCUGGAGAAAGAUUUGCCAGAUACAAUUUUUGUACGAGUUUAUGAAAAUAGGAUGGAUCUACUUAGGGCUGUCAUUGUUGGACCGGCAGGCACUCCUUACCAUGAUGGGCUGUUCUUUUUCGAUGUCUCUUUCCCUUCCCAGUAUCCUAAGAAACCUCCACUAGUGAACUACCGCUCUGGAGGGUUACGGCUAAAUCCAAAUCUCUACGAUGACGGGAAAGUCUGUCUUAGCCUCUUGAACACCUGGUCUGGUAAAGGGUGUGAGAAGUGGAACCCAUCCAAGUCAACAAUGCUGCAGGUCCUAGUCUCCAUUCAGGCCUUGGUGUUGAAUGCAAAAGCUUAUUUCAAUGAACCUGGUUAUGCAGCUUCUGCUAAAACACUCCAGGGAGAGCAAAUGUCCAUGGCUUAUAACGAAAAUACUUUUCUGCUAUCCUGCAAAACAAUGUUGUAUUCUCUUCGGAAUCCACCGAAGCAUUUUGGAGACUUCGCUAGUUGUCAUUUCUGCAAGUACGGGCGCAAUAUCCUCGCAGGAUGCAAAGCCUACAUGGAUGGUGCCCAAGUUGGAUGCCUUGUAGGAAAUGGAGUGCAGGACGUUGAUGAAGGUGACAAAAGCUGCUCGACGAACUUCAAGGGCUCAUUGAAGAAGUUGUUUGAGGAAUUCAUCAAGGAAUUUACCCGUAUAGGAGUUCAUUGUCGCGAAUUCCAGGCACAGACUUGGAUGUUGAAUGCUGGAUCUGCCAGAGCCACGGCCAGCACUACAUUGAGGCUCUAAUGGUAAUGGUAAGUGCUCAAUAUGUGGUUGAGAAUUUGUUGUUUCUUGGGGGCCAGAUAUAGUUAUUGAUUCUAUCCUCAGAAAUCAGGAGAUAGGAGGGCACAAGGCCCAAAACAAAUCAUGCCCAAUGAUCUACUCAGAAUUGUCUUGUUAGUUUGUGUGUGUAUGGUUUCUAUUCAUCUCAGAACUAUUGGACAUGUAGUUUCUAUUCAUCUAAGAACAGGCAGUAGUUUAUCAGGGGAUUCAUAUCCUUUACCAUAAUAACGGUGUUAUUAUAGUCACUGACAUGUAGAUCUAUAAGAGAAUGAUACUCACAUGGAGAAUCCAAACCCCAUAGUAGUGGGGUUACCUGUUUACCGUUUGUCCAAUUUUGGUGUGUGGAUCAUUGAGGUUGAGACGAGGAAAGCAACGGUGCGGUUUGUCCGGUACUGGUGGGAGUAAAUAUGCAAUACAUCCCUCGUUCUGUUUUGGUACUUGGGUCAGUCAGUCAGGCAGCUUAGGUUCUGGCAUGAGCUGCUGGUGCAUGGGCGUCCUGUUGGCAUGUGCAGGCGCGUGUUUGGAAGGGACGAGGCUACUCUGAUUUGAUUUUUCCACAUUUUGAUCAUAUUUGUAAACUUAUUUCAUGAUUUGAU